GCCCACGGACGUGGCUGAGAGGGGCCCGCGCUGGGCGAGCACGGCCGGCCCUUUGAACUUCGCUAGGUGGAAGCGCGGGGCGGGGGCUGGAAGAGCCCGGGCGGAGACCGCCCGCAGGGGCCGCGGCGUUGGAUCUCCCUCUGAUUUCGGAGCAGACGUGUACAGUGUUGCGGACGCAAAAGUAUUGUAAAGACCAGCUCUGUAAGAUGACCGUUCUUGCAAUAUACCUGCUAGGUUUUGAAACUGGAAACUGCCUACAUGUAAGCUCAGGUACCUGCUCACCUUGUGCCUCUGAAAAGUUGAAAAUAAUACAACAGAAAACAUUAAAAUUGUCUUGUGCUGGAGGCAACUCACAUUCAAGACACUAAAAAGGGACUCGUGUGACAUCCUCACUGGGGCCCUUCUAAAGGACAGCAGACUUAGGGCUAUCUCAAAUUUUGGAAUGGAGGGUGGGGAGACUCACUAGAAACAGAGUGGGCUCCUUCAUUGGAUGGGUUCAGGUAGAGGCUGUACAACUAUCUGUUGCAAAUGUUUUCAGUUGAAUGCCUGCAGAUGGACUUGUUUUUGACUUCCAUAAAUCUUUUGGGAAACAGAUACAAGCAAAAGAAGGAGGUGGAGAACCAGCUGGCUUCUUUGAAACCCUUUGUUGAUAGUGGCCAAGCUGAAGAAGAACAAAUUCGAGAAUUCUAUUUGCUGCAGAUCAAGAAGUGGAUCAAUAUAAGCCUGGAGGAAAUUGAAAGCAUUGAUCAGGAAAUUGCAAUCCUGAAUCAGCGGAGUGCUCUACAGGGUUCAGCCACACGACCUUGCCAGCCACCCCGACCUCCAGUGAGGCCCUUCAUCCUUACUCGGGAUGCUGCCCAGGCAAAGGUGUUUGGUGCUGGCUAUCCUAGCCUAGCAACAAUGACAGUGGAUGAAUGGUACGAGGAGCACCAGAAGCAAGGAGUCCUUCCCGAUCGAGGCAUCUCCCAAAGAGCUCCAGCAGGUACUGAAGACCAGCAGAAGGAACAGGAAAAAAGCACAGAGGGGGAGGAAGAAGCCGCGCUAUUGAAAGCACGGGAAUGGGAUGAGUGGAAGGACCUCCACCCAAGGGGCUAUGGCAACCGGAAGAACAUGGGCUGAGGAGAAUCCAGAGAUGAGUUUGCACCCCUCACAGCCUGCGUGAGAAAGUGCGACUGGCUCCUCUUUCUGAAAGGAGAAAAUGAGUCGCGUGUUAUAUUGAAUGCCAAGCUUGAUGGGAGUGCAGGAAAUGUGGAGAGCGCAUGGGGGCAUUGGAUCUCCUGGCGUCUCCUUGUCUUAAAAUGGUCCUUAAUAAGCUGAUUGGAUGUCCACUUGGAAGUACUAUUGGCUGCUGUAACUUAUUUCUUUAUUUAAAAAAGAAAAUAAAAUGCUUCCAUCAGUUCA